CGCAUGCUCUGUGCGAUGUAAACAUUUGGUGGGCCGCCGCCGUCUGUCUGAGCUCUGCAGACAUUUGUGUACACGUAUUACACGCCUGCAUGGGCUGGACCGAAGAGUCAAUGGGAACUAGCUAACUUAACGCUGGCUAGCUUUCGUGUGGAAACCUAGCUAUGCUAACUUGGAAAAUAUAGCUAAUGUAUUCUGGUGAAGUGUUCGAAAACCAGUCUUUUUCUUAUAAUAGUACGACUAUACUUUCGUGCAUGGGAAGCAGGCGACGUUUGCUGCGGCUGGUUAAAAACGCUUCAAGACCUGAUACUCAGAGAAAUGACUCAUCAUUUUAUACAGAGUAAGAUGUAUGAAAUGAUUGGUUUCCUGCCUGGUGGCAUCAUCCAGACUUCCUGCUGGGGUGAAACCGAAGGUGGCGACAGACAAGGUUGCUGGUAAGCUGAGUUCUACUCUCUCAUGGGUAAAGAACUCGGUGUCCCACACGGUCAGUCAGAUGGCUAGCCAGGUGGCCAUGCCCACGUCCCUGCAGACCCCUGCCACCUCUUCCUCUACAUCUCUGUCCUCACCGUCCUCACCGGCGCAGCUCAGCCCCGACGAUGUGGAGCUGCUUGCCAAACUAGAGGAGCAGAACAGGCUGCUCGAGACAGACAGCAAGUCGCUGCGCUCCAUGAAUGGCUCCAGGCGAAACAGUGGCUCCUCCCUAGUGUCCAGCUCCUCCGCCUCAUCCAACCUCUCCCACCUGGAGGAGGACUCGUGGAUCCUGUGGGGACGAAUCGUCAAUGAGUGGGAGGAGGUGCGCAAGAAGAAGGAGAAGCAGCUUAAGGAUCUUGUCAGAAAAGGGAUUCCCCACCACUUUCGGGCGAUAGUGUGGCAGCUGUUGUGCAGCGCCCAGAAUAUGCCCAUCAAGGAUCAGUACUCAGAACUCCUGAAGAUGACGUCGCCGUGCGAGAAGCUGAUUCGCAGAGACAUUGCCCGCACUUAUCCCGAACACGAAUUCUUCAAAGAGAAAGACAGCUUGGGCCAGGAAGUGCUCUUCAAUGUCAUGAAGGCAUAUUCUCUGGUUGACCGUGAGGUUGGCUAUUGUCAAGGGAGUGCAUUCAUUGUUGGACUGCUACUCAUGCAGAUGCCAGAGGAGGAGGCUUUCUGUGUGUUUGUGAAACUGAUGCAAGACUACAGAUUACGAGAGCUCUUCAAACCCAGUAUGGCUGAGCUAGGACUCUGCAUGUACCAGUUUGAGUAUAUGAUCCAGGAGCAACUGCCAGAGCUACAUGUGCAUUUCCAGGCUCAGAGCUUUCACACUUCCAUGUAUGCCUCCUCCUGGUUCCUCACCAUCUUCCUCACCUCCUUCCCUCUCCCCGUCGCCACAAGGAUCUUUGACAUCUUCAUGUGUGAGGGUCUGGAGAUAGUUUUCCGUGUGGGACUGGCCAUCCUUCAGAUGAACCAGACUGAGCUCAUCCAGCUCGACAUGGAGGGAAUGUUACAGCACUUUCAGAAGGUCAUCCCACACCAGCUUGACAGUGGACCAGAUAAGGUCAUCCAGGCUGCUUAUCAAGUUAAAUACAACGCCAAGAAGAUGAAAAAGUUAGAGAAAGAUUACACUACAAUCAAAACUAAAGAGAUGGAGGAGCAGGUGGAGAUAAAGAGGCUGCGGACGGAGAACAGGCUCCUGAAGCAAAGAAUAGACACACUAGAGAAAGAAAGUGCUUCCUUGGCAGAUAGAUUGAUCCAGGGACAAGUGACUCGAGCUCAGGAGGCAGAGGAGAACUACCUGGUCAAGCGGGAACUGGCCACAGUCAAACAGCAGAGCGAGGAGGCCAGUGCUCAGCUGGAGCAGGCCAAGAAAACCAUCAGGCAGCUCCAGCAGCAGCAGCAGCCACACGCGAAGGGAGCCCCUCGGUACUCUGAGGAGUCUGUCCUGCAGCUGGAGAGAGAGCUUGUGCAGGCCCGACUGAAGGAGGCGGAGUCUCAGUGUGCGCUCAAGGAGAUGCAAGACAAGAUCCUGGAUAUGGAAAAGAGGAACACGUCACUACCAGAUGACACCAACGUGGCACGUCUUCAGGAGGAGCUGAUAGGGGUGAAGCUGAGAGAGGCGGAGGCUCUGACUGGCCUGAAAGAGCUGAGACAGCAAGUCAGAGACCUGGAAGAGCACUGGCAGCGCCACUUGGCACGCACCGCUGGUCGCUGGAAGGACAGCCCCAGGAAGAAUACCUUGAGUGAGCUGCAGGACGAGCUGAUGAGUGUGAGGCUGCGUGAGGCCGAGGCCCAGGCAGAGCUGCGAGAGACACGGCAGAGGAUGCUGGAGCUGGAGACACAGAAUCAGAUUCACAGUAACCAGCUGCGACGGGCAGAGCAGGAGAGUCGCUGUCUACAGGAGUGUGUGCAAACACUGACGGUGCAAAAUAAAGACCUGCAUGUGCAACUGCAAGAGAUCAAGCGGAGACAAGCUGAGAUUGAAUGCAAGAGUAAGGAAGAGGUGAUGGCAGUGAGGCUGCGGGAAGCUGACAACAUUGCUGCUAUGGCUGAACUGCAGCAACAGAUCUCGGAGCUUGAGAUUCAGAAAGAAGAAGGAAAGGUCCAAGGCCAGCUGAACCACACAGACUCGAGCCAGUACAUCCGCGACCUCAGAGACCAGAUAGCAGAGCUAAAACACGAGAUUUUCUGCUUAAAAGGACAGAGGGGCUUGACCAAUCAGCCCGCUUUUGAUGGGAUCCACAUCGUCAAUCACUACGUGGGGGAUGAUGGGUCUUACCAGUCUUCAGAUGAAGAUGGAGUCAAGGACCCCACCCUCCAGGAUGCCCAGCAGAGGAGCGGGGGCCGUAUCAGACUGCGCCCCAACCUCGGGGACACCGACAGUGAGGAGGACGAGGACGAGGACGAGGAGGCCCUGCGACUCUCUGUACCUCAGAGCGGCAGCCACAAGUCCACCACAGUGUGACAAGCACCCGCUGUCAGCACUCACUGAGGAAGAGGAGGCGUUUCCAGUAGCCAUUUCAGAGGAGAAAUCUGGAGUUCUGAAAGGAAAUGCAUCUUCAUUUCAUAUCAUGAGAAUCACAUUUGUUGAUUUAGUUUAUUUUGUUUGCUUGUGGUUUUUGUUUUCUUCCUGAGGGCAGCAAACACCCGUCUGUCUGAGCACCACUAACAGAAACAGAGCAUCAGUGUGGACCUCAGCAGAGAAUUAAAUCAUGUGGAGCGUAUCAAACUCUACUGUGUCACAAUGGCCGGGGGUCUGUCACUCCUCUGACCCCCCCUCUCCCUCCUGUAGGUACAACGCAGAGAAAGAGACUGUGCAAUAAAACCUUUUAUGCUAUAUUACACACUUCAUCCAAUGUGUUUUUAUAUUUUUAAAGCAUUUUAUAAAUGAACAUCAAAAAUGUAUUGAUGCCGUUACUACUAAGUGUCCGUCAUGCAGAGGCAGAAUUGUAUAAAUGAUGUGUGUGUGUGUAUAUAUAUAUAUAUAUCUAUUGUCUUAAUGAGCACGGUCAGAUGCUGGUAUCAAAGCCGCUUGUGUCAGCCAGCGUUGACUUGACUUUUUGGCCUUAGCACAUGCCGCAUGCCUUUCACCAGGGCUGGUGUACCACAAGGUCAAUGUGACAUCUGCAUACUUGUAGAUAUGUAAAUGUGUAUUAUGUUUUUUGUUUGGUUUUUUUCAAUUCCUUUUGAACUUGAAAAUAUGUAUCUAUUGCAUAUCUGAUGUUUAGAAUAUAUUGUACAAUUCAGAGAAAAAGGGACAUAUAAGUUAGUUUAAUAUGGUAACACAAGUGACAAAUCCUGUUUUUGACAGACGAGGGGAAUACCUGUUGAGAGAAAAAGAUAGCUGAUCUUUCCGCGUUAGAAGACUCCAGCUUGCUGUUUUCAGAGCAGUUAACAUGAAUAAUUAGUGCUGAAAAGGGGGCAGAUUUAUGUUUAAACUACUGUUGCUGUUGUACUGAGUUCUCUGAAAGCAUCCCAACUUUACUUUCAAAAUGAGCCCGCAGUGAGUGAGUCCAGCAGCAUUUGCUGAUGAGUCAUGUCUAUCAUGUUUUGUGUAUCACAAAUUAGCACGCAAAUGGAUGACAGUCCUAGGGAACUUAAACUGGGAGAUAAAGCGGACGUAACACAACAUAGUACACUUCAUAACGCAAUCUGGAGAGGAAUCAGGAGUUGUCAAGUGUUACCAAAGUAAGCAUUAUGCUCUGUAUUGUGCUCAUCCACGGGCCAGUUCCACUCCAUUUCAUGCGCAAGGAUCUGGAUGUGUAAGACUUUGAAUUUCUGUAUGUCUGUAUUGAACACUAACUCCUGUAUUUGGUGAAAGACAAGGUGGAAGUGAAUGCAGCAGCCUGGGCUGUCAUGUCCAGGAAACGGAAAAGAUUCUGACUUUGAGUCGGCGGCGAUGAUGAUGAGGAGGAGGAGGAUGAUGAUGAUGAUGAUGAUAAUGAUGAUAAUGUCCCUUUGAUGAACAAGAGAAACGCGUUAUGGCACUUUUUUGAGUCUGCAGUGCAGUAAGGACACACAUGGCAACACUAUGGAGCAGUUCAGCACACUCUGGAGACUAAAUGAGAUUGUUGUGUAUGUGAUGAGUUCACAAUAAAAUGUUUGAUAAACUC